GAAGCCCUAAAUAAUCAUAACCUAACAACAAAGCACAGAGAAGGAGAACUGCGGUUGCAGAACAGAGCAGCAAUGGGAGUGGAGAAGGAGGUGCUGAGACCUGGAACGGGGCCCAAACCCGCCGCCGGCCAGUUGGUCACCGUCCACUGCACUGGUUACGGAAAGAAUGGUAACCUGUCUGAGAAGUUUUGGAGCACAAAGGACCCUGGACAGAAACCUUUCUCAUUUAAAAUUGGUCAAGGCUCAGUUAUAAAAGGAUGGGAUGAAGGUGUGCUUGACAUGCAUCUGGGAGAAGUUGCUCGUCUCCGGUGCUCUCCAGACUAUGCUUAUGGCUCUGGUGGGUUCCCUGCAUGGGGCAUACAGCCUAAUUCAGCCCUGGUCUUUGAAAUUGAAGUUCUGAGCGCUCAGUGAGACAAACUGGUUUGUUUUCUUUCAAGUCUUUCUACACCAGCAUUAUAGUUUGUUAUCAACAACUCUGCUUUCGUCUUCGUUUCGUGAUGAUGUGUAAUUGUUAUCUACUCGACACGUUAGGUUUGUUUAGUUUCGGGUUAGCUUGGAAACUCUCUUGGUUAUGAAGCUGUGACUGCUUGGCCUUGGUUAUCAAGGCUUUGUUGGCAUGACAAACAACUCUAUAUCCUAUAAUGCCUAUUUAGUAUUUAGUUUGCUAUAUUCAUUGGCAUUGGGUAUUGGGUAACAUGUUUUGGGGUCUGUUGAGGGAGUGCUUACAUUAAAAAGUACCUUCAUUAAAA